AUGGGACAAGGUUACUCCCUCACAACCCUGUCGGCGGGGUCGGCGGGGAUUGAUGCACCGGAGUUAUCAGAUCUGGUGUAUGAAAGGUCCAUGGGAGGUGGCAGGUUUAUGAAGAGCAUCCGAGCCAAGCAGCAAAAUGGCUUGGUGUUUGUGAAGGUGAUCAUGAAGCCAUUCCCCACCAUGGAGCUUGGAGCAUACAUAAAGGCAAUCACAAAGGAGCGCAAGCUACUGGCAGAUGUCCCCAACGCGUUGAGCUAUCAAAGGAUUCUUGAAACGGGUACAAGUGGGUACUUGGUACGCCAGUAUAUCCACAGCUCCCUUUAUGACCGAAUGAGUACACGACCUUUUUUGGAGCAUAUUGAAAAGAAGUGGAUUGCAUUUCAACUCCUGUGUGCCCUACGUGACUGCCAUGCAAAGGAGAUAUACCACGGGGACAUCAAAACAGAGAACGUGCUAGUCACAGCCUGGAAUUGGCUGUAUCUCACUGAUUUUUGCUCAUCCUUCAAACCAACAUUUCUACCAGAAGAUAAUCCCGCGGACUUUUCCUUUUUCUUCGAUAUCUCGGGGAGGCGAACAUGUUACUUGGCCCCCGAGCGUUUCUCUGUUGCUGGCGAGGAAUCUGGUGGAAGUGGUGUCAAUUGGGCAAUGGAUAUAUUUGGCGCUGGCUGUGUUAUCGCAGAACUCUUUCUUGAAUCGCCGAUCUUCAACCUGAGCCAAAUGUACAAAUAUCGCAAAGGGGAAUACAGCCCCGCGAACAGUCAGUUGGCGAAGAUCGAAGACGCAGACAUUCGAGAUUUGAUACUGCACAUGAUCCAGCUUGAGCCGGAAUCCCGAUACUCCGCAGUUGAAUAUCUCAACUUCUGGAAGGGCAAAGCAUUUCCGGACUACUUCUACGGCUUUUUACACCAGUACAUGUCUCUCAUGACUGACCCUUCAUCCGGUCGACCAGAUGCCCAAGCAGACUCAUGCACUAGAGAGGAGGCAGAUGAACGGAUUGAACGUAUCUAUCUGGACUUUGACAAGGUGUCAUAUUUCCUGGCCGCUAACCCCACUGGUGCUGGGGGCCCUCCCAUCCUUGAUACGGCCAAUGGCGAAAUUGAAAAGUCGCCGGCACAAUCGGACGAAGGUGCAUUAAUAUUCUUGACACUUGUGGUUUCCAACCUGCGGAACACAGCUAAAGCAUCGGCUCGAAUCAAGGCUUGUGACAUUCUUCUUGCAUUUGCGGAAAAGCUGUCGGAUGAGGCGAAAUUGGACCGAGUGCUCCCAUACGUCAUGUUACUUAUGAAUGAUCGCACUGAUACUGUGAAGAUCGCAGCUGUCCGCACCCUGACCGAGUUACUCAAAACGGUUGAAGUGGUUUCUCCAGUCAACGCCUAUCUGUUCUCCGAGUAUAUCUUCCCCCGGCUUCAGCCAUUCGUGACAACCUCUCACAGCACCCCAAGUGCGAUGGUACGUGCAGCGUAUGCUUCAUGCAUCGCUUCUCUGGCUCAAUCAUCCUUGCGUUUCCUGGAUAUGAUCCAAGCAUUGCGCUCUGAUUCUCGUUUGGCUGCAUUGCUACCGGUCGGCUUUGAGCCCCGAUGGUCCGAGGAUGCUACCUAUCACAAUCUCUAUGACGUGGCCCGGGUUGACCUUUUGGACUACUUUGAGGUUCACACAAAGGCACUGUUGACCGACACAGACUCAUCAGUUCGACGAGCCUUUUUGGGUUCCGUGUCGAGUCUUUGUGUUUUUUUCGGUAACCUGAAGGCAAACGAGGUCGUUCUAAGUCAUUUGAACACCUAUUUGAACGACCCGGACUGGAUUCUGAAGUGUGCGUUUUUCGAGGCCGUGAUAGGUGUCGCAACAUACGUGGGAACCCUCAACCUGGAACUGUACAUAUUGCCGCUUAUGGUUCAAUCAAUGACGGAGCCCGAAGAGUUUGUGGUUGAAAGAGUCAUUCGCUCUCUAGCUGCCAUGGCUGAGUUGGGGCUAUUCCAGCGGUCGACUACAUGGGAUCUGCUCCAUACCACCGCGGGGUUUCUAGUGCAUCCAAACCUCUGGAUUCGAGAGGCUGCGGUGAAGUUCGUGGUGAACUGCUCCAGAUUCCUGUCAAUGGCGGACCUCCACUCCAUCCUAACCCCCAUCAUCCGCCCUUUUCUCAGGAUCAAGAUAGUUGAUUUCUCAGAGCCGAAGCUUCUUGGUGCACUCAAACGACCGAUCUCAAGGAAUAUUUAUGAAAUGGCAUUCAUUUGGGCUUCGAAAAGUGACAGGGGCAUUUUCUGGAGAUCCCCAGGUCGUGAUGGCAUGUUCAGCUUAUCCGAGCCUGGGACAUCCAGUCCUCGUGUCGGACAGCGCAAUUCUUCACUGACCAUGGCUGUUCAACCAAGAAAUGAGGAGGAUGAACAAUGGUUGAACCGUCUAAAAAACCUGGGAAUGACCUCUGAGGACGAGUUAAAGUUGCUCGCGCUUAAAGAUUACAUUUCGAGGGUCUCCGUACGACAGUCCAGGGACACUGAAGGCCAAGCCUCUCCUCCAUUAAACGAUAUUGUCAGUCUAACCCAGCAUGGGAUCAAACCCCAGACAGUGUUUUUUGACAAAGAACUUCGGGAUCAACCACGGAGAGUCUCGCUGGAUGGGCAUGAUGGCAACCCUACGGACGAUACAAGACCAAGAACCAUUGCAGAUGCUUUGCUCGAUGCGUCCGCCACUAUCGAGCGAGCCCCCAGUUUUCAUCGAAAACACUUGCGUUCGAAGAGCCAGGCGUUCAGAGACCAUAGGCGGACUUCGGGCGUCCCGAUUUUGGAUGGCAAUGAUUCAUCCCCCCUCUCAUCAUCACCACUAGCGUCAUCCCCAGCGACCAGACCGGGAUCUCGCGCAUUGUCACCUCCAAGUUCAGAUAAUGCCCCCAGAAAAUCCACCCGUGGGAGUAGUCCCGGCCAAGAUGGAUCAUUGACACCAACCAACGCAGAGAUAACGAGUCUAGUCGACCGUGUUCACAAAAAGCCUAGUGCCAUAAAUCUACUCAACGGCAAAGACACUGGCAAAGCUUAUGCGGAAACCGGCACAAGCUCCGCCAAUGCCUUUGGGAAAGUCGAUGCGCCCCUUCAAAGAGGCGGAGUCUCUCAACCUCCUAAUUUCACGUUCCCAGAGCGAACCCCUACGACAAUCUCGCAGAAGUACAGAGCCCACCAUUCAUACACAGGAAAUGAUCCCGCUGUUUUGCGACUGCUGGACAAUGUUUUUGAGGAGAACUACCCUACAGACCUAUUCGACCUUGGCCCAUAUGUACGGGAAAUUGAUACCCGUCAACCGAUUCGUGCCCCUACAGACCAAGAGUCGAACAAGGUAUGGAGACCUGAAGGGAAUCUGGUUGCCACUUAUGGUGAGCACAGUGCACCAAUCAACCGUGUAGCAGUUGCGCCUGAUCACUCCUUCUUUAUCACCGCAUCCGAUGAUGGUACCGUGAAGGUUUGGGACACCACUCGCCUGGAAAAGAACCUGAGUCCUCGGUCUCGUCAGACCCAUCGUCAUGCGUCCGGAUCGCGGGUGAAGGCCUUGACCUUUGUGGAGAACACAUAUACUUUCAUCAGUGCGGCUACCGAUGGCAGUAUUCAGGCUGUUAAGGUGGAUUAUCAAAAGGUCAGCCAGACAGCUUUCCGGUAUGGUAAACUUCAAGUUGUUCGUGAGUACCAACUCCCCGUCGCUCGUGAUGGAACCCCGGAGCACGCGGUCUGGCUAGAACACUUCCGCGAUGAAGGUCAGUCCACUUUGAUCAUUGCAACCAACACUUCUCGCAUCCUUGCAUUGGACAUGAAAACCAUGCUUCCAAUCUACAACUUGGAAAAUCCUGUCCACCAUGGAGCCAUAACUACAUUUUGCUGCGAUCGAAGACAUCAUUGGCUACUAGUCGGCACCACACACGGAAUUCUCGAUCUCUGGGAUCUGCGGUUCCGUGUGCGACUGAAAGCAUGGGGACUUCCAGGCUGGGGUGCCGUCAAUCGCAUACAGCUACACCCGGUCAAGGCGCGUGGGCGCUGGGUCUGUGUCUCCAGCAGUGGCAGUCACGGCAAUGAGAUAACUGUUUGGGACAUUGAGAAAUUCCGCUGUCGCGAAGUAUACCAAGCAACCCCAUUGGGCGUCGCCAACAAUGCAUCCGGCACGGUCCACCCGUCUCGCGCUACGUCCCACCCAGCCCAUAUUGUUCCCGGUGACUAUGAAGCAUGCCGCGUCGAUGGUGAUAAACCGGAAGGUAUGCUGAGCCGAUUUGCUUCGCGCGGCACCGAGGGCACAUCCUCCAAUCAGGCUGGUGAUCGGCUCGGCAUCUGGACUUUUGCCGUUGGUCUCAAUGCCCCCGACGAAGACAAGGACUCAAGCACCAAGUUCGGGUACAUAAUAUCCGCGGGAUGUGAUCGUAAGAUCCGGUUCUGGGAUCUCGCUCGGCCAGAUCUCUCUUCAAUAGUGAGUGGCUUGGACGUUGUGUCAGAUGGAAGCGUUGGUGUGAAGCCGUACUACGAACAGUCUCAACCCAGCCCCAAUCUUUUGGUGACUACCGAGCGCCUCCCUACAUCGUCUGGCGGUGGAAACUCGAGAGAUGCCAGGAAAGGGGCCAGUCGACCACCACGAAGUACAGUGAUCAGUCUGCAGCAGCAGAUGCUCCUGAAAAGUCACCUGGACGUUGUUCAGGAUGUGGCAGUUUUGCGUGUGCCAUAUGGUAUGAUUAUCAGCGUGGAUCGAGCGGGCAUGGUCUACAUAUUCUCGUAG